CUCCAUUGUUGUGAACUACUACUUCUACCACUUCGCCAAGUUUGCGCUCCUCGGGCGAUUUUCCCGAGCAAAAUUUCCCGCCCUCCAAUAGUGUGAACCGCAAGUGAACCAACCGGAGGAGAGCGCAGGGAAGAAAUAGAAAAAUAGAUAACACAAAAAUCAAGUGCGACUGCGACUGAACGAUGAAGGGGGUGGUAAGCUCUCCUCCCUGCGUGUCAGUGCGUGGAAGAAAAGAAGAAGAAGAGGAAGGUGUAUAAUCCGCUAUUGCGAGAUGCGAGUUUCUGUUGUUGUUUUCUGUGUUUUUUUUUGGGAUUGGGAAAAUUGCAUAGAAAAACCAAGCAGCAGCUCAGUGAAAACACAACAGCAGCAGGUCAAAAGUGAAACACAACAACAGUGCACGACGAUGAUGAUGAGCAGGAAAAACACUCUCUGUUCGUGUGCGAGCGUGCGUGUGUGCGUGGAUGUGCAGCUGAUGGUGUCGAACGGAAAACGCAUCCGCGCGUUGUUGUAGGUUGAGAGCAUUACUACUACUACUACUAAUGUUGAAACAUGUAACACUACAUGGCAAUGUGUGAGUGUGUGUAGUGUUUUUUUAGUGUUUUAGUUUAAUUGUUUCACAAAUUUUUGAGGCCGAUGCCAACAAGCAACAGUGCACACUUUCCUGGUGCCUUUCGUCGUACAAUCGCUGGUGAGUGAGUGAGUGUGUGCGUGUGUGUGUGUGUGAGUGCGCUCAGUGGGGGAUGUCUAUUGGCGACAGCACAAUGGAGCUGGCGACGACCACGACGGCACGAUACGCCAGCAGCACUGGCGUCGGUGGGGCUAGUGUCGUACCACCAGCGCCUUCGUCCCCAUCCGGGCCGCCCGGUGAGAGUUCGGGCAGCAGCAGCAGCAACACGACGAUCACCGCAGCAGCACCGGCGCCCAACAACACUGUCAGCAAUAAUAACGGCAACGCGGCCGGUAACAAUAGUGCGAACAAUCUGAAGCGAGCCAGCAUGCGGCUUAUCGCGAAUGCUGCGGCAUCACCACCGUCUGCUGCACCGUCUUCCACGACCCCCAGCGGGGUGGCACCGGCGGCACCUGCAGUCGGUACAGCAGCAGCAGCAGCAUCAACCACGGGCUCCACGGUAACAGCUACCGCGGUCAUCGACACCGUCGCCUCAACCGUGUCCUACCACCGUCGACCGUAUCCGGAUGCGGCGCUACAGGAGGACGUACGGUACAAUGGUGCUCCCGGGAGUGGUGCUCUAGGCAAUAGCGCUGGUGUUGGUGGUGGUGGCAGUGUUGGUGCUAAUGGUACUGCCAGCAACAACAACAGCAACAGCAACGGCGCUGGCAAUUUGCAUCCCGCCCUAAUGCAGCUUCAGCAACAGCACGGCAAGCAGUUGCUGGUGGGAAGCGGCGCAAGCCCAACGUCCGGCGGCCCGGAACGGAUGCUACUGAGCGGCGGUGGUGGUGUUGGUGUGGCGGCUGUUAACGGAAACAACGGCAACGGCAAUCAGACGCCAACACCGACGAUUGUCCCCGGCGGGGGCAACAACACCACCAACGGCAACACCAUUCUAACGCAGGCCGGGCUGGAGGAGUACAGCCGGGCGUACUACGAGCAGACGGCGAUGUACCAUCAUCAGAAGCAAUCGUCCUACGCACAAUCGGAGGGUUAUCAUAGCUACGUGUCGAGCUCUGACUCGAGCUCCACGCCGUUCCUUGAUCGACUGCGACAGGAUAGUGAGCUGUUACUGUCCCGUUCGACACACAACUGGUCCCAGCAGGACCUGCAGCAGCUGACGUCCUCGACGAGCAGCAGCAUCGGCGACAAUCACAGCUCGGCCGAAAGUAACAGUUCCUCGACGGAAACGCUCAAAUGGCUCGGCUCGAUGAGCGACGUGUCCGUGGCUAGCCAUGCGACGAGCACGUCCGCCCUGUCCAGCGCCGGCUCAACCUCGCAGCUGAUUGCGCACAGUUCGCGCGUCCGCACGCCCCAGCGCCACAAUUCCGAGAGCAUCCUGUACAUGUCGAACGAUGACCAAUCGUCGCUCGGCGGUGUGUCCCAGUCGACGGGCUCGCUUCACAACAAUCACAUGCUGACGCAUCGCCAGCAACAACAGCAGCAGCAGCAGCAGCAACAGCUACAUCCCCAGCAUAACCAUCACUUCCAUCGGCACCAGUCGCAUCGGCACAGUCAUUUGCACGCGAACGGUGCCGCCGGCAACAACCAUCACACAUCGGGCACGGGCGCUAGCACGGGCACUACCGGAUCGGCAACAAGUGCGACGACUCCUGCCGUCCAACCGCAACAGCCGCAGCAGCAGCAACCAUCGCCGACGGGAUCGACGACGCAAUCGGGCAACGGUUCCGCCCCGAACACACGCUCUAGUCGUAGCAAUAAUCGAUUGUUUCCUAUCAGCACGUACACGGAACCGCCUGGAAGUGGUGGUGGGGGUAACAGCCACAACAGCGGCACCAUCAACAACAACAGUAGCUGCACGGGAAACGCUCCGCAAACCAACGGCGGUGGUUCGAUGGUGGAUUUCAAACAACUCAAUUCACACAACUGGCAGUCGGUGGCGGAGCGUAUCAAUGAGCUUGAGAAGCAUCAGCAGCUGCAGCAACAUCACGGGAUUAAUCUGCACAGCAGUAGCACGUCCAAUCUGAAUGGCAACAGUGCUGGUGGCGCAGGUCAAGCAAACAAGUCGCACCUGAACCAACACAACCUAUCGGUGACAUCGAACGGGUCUUCGAAUCAAUCGUUAUCAUCACCAGGCAAGCCACAGCAACAGCAGCAGCCGCAGCAACAGCAGCAGCAACAGCAACGCUACACCUAUUUUGACCCUAGCAAAACGCACCGUGUGUCGAAUCCGUCACUGAAAGCCUUCCAGAAGAACGCCGUCAUUUCGUACUUUGAGCGCCAGCAGCAGCACGCCCGUGAGAGCAUUCACUCACGACCCAGCUCACUCAAUCUGUCAGCAGCGGGCGGGAAUACUAGCAACGGUAGCAGCGGAGGAUCACCGGGAGCUUCCACCAACUCAUCUAAACCGCAAUCGGGAGGCAGUCCACCCGGCGUAUCGACACCGGUCAUCAGCUCGCACUCGCAGCGAUCAUCCAUAUCGAGUGCGUACUCGUCGGCGGCCGGGAGCAUGAUGGAGCUGUCCAGUGCGUCGCUAUCGAUGGGAAGCUACUCACCGCCGAGCAGCCUUGCCGUACAGCAGCAGCUGGACAAGCUGGCGGUGAACAAUCUGCGCAAUCAGCUUGCCUCCGUUCACACGAUGAACCUGCUGAAUAAGGUUGUACCUCCCCCGAGCGUACAAACGGAGCAGCAGCAGCAGCAGCACCAGCAACAGCAGUACCACCAACAACACCACCAUCAGCAGCAAAUGAUCAGCAACGCCACGUUGAUCCUCGCGUCGACAAAUGGGUUACCCAGUGCCCCGGGCUCUAACAUAGGCGAUGCGAUGAGUGAAAGUCAUGAAAUGAUCUCGUCACUAGAUGGGGCACCACCUCCACCGCCACCGCCCAGGAAUCGUGCGUCAAUGCUGCCCAUGGGCAGUGUGGCACCUUAUUCGCCCUCCGCCCACAUGGCAACAGUUAGAAGAACAUCAUCUGCUUCGGAAUACUCCUCCAUCCGCGACAAACUGAUUCAGCAGCAGCAGCAACUGUCCAAGGAUCUGCUCGGCCCGAUGAUAAUGGGUCCAAUCAUUGCGCUCGACGAUUGGGUACCAGAGCGGCCACCCAAAAACCCCAUGCUACGGAUACCGAGCCCCGAGCUGCCACCGCCGCCGCCCGUGCUCACACCAACGGAGGAUGUGCUGCUGAUCAACCAGGACGAACCGUUGCCUCCACCACCGCCGGAGCUGCUGCGGCACAUGCGCCAGCUGAGCGAUUCGGGCGACUGUCGAUCGAACUCUGCCAGCCGGCGGAACAGUUUCGCGGGUCAAACGAACAAAAAGAGCCUAUAUCGAGCGUCGACGUUUGAGAAUCUUUCUCCCGCCAAUGCACCGCCACCACCUGGCGGGCAGCAUCCACAAAACGUAGCAGUGGUACCGCCGAUGGUACCGAAAAAGCCACAGCAAUGCCCCACCAGCGGCCCGGCCGACGGCAUGACGAACGUGAACCGACGGCCAGCAUCGAGUAUGGCCAAAACGCAAACGGUUCCUUCGAUGGCUUCAACGGUCGCUAAUAACGGUGUAGCAGGUAUGCAGCCGAUGCAUCACCAUCACCAUCGAAUGUCCCAUCAGACAGUACCGAACGGUAGACCGUCUCAAGAGCAGCACCAGCAUCAUCGUUUAUCGUUGCCACUGCAGCAAACGUCUGCACCGUCGUUGAUGAUUGCCUCGCCACAGCAGCAGCAGCACCAACAGGCCAACUUUGUUGCUGGCAGACAGUCGGACACACGCAUUUCCGUGCGCAAGCGUGCUCACAACUCGCAACAGAUACCGGUGUCGGAGUAUCUGUCGAAAAUGAACGGUGCGCCACAGAAUGGCACAACGCCACCGCCACCGCUAAAACCCCGCAUGCCCGUGCAGCCGCUGGCUGAGUGCAAUGGUCAGCAGCCAACGCUGCAGCAGAUGCAGCAACAGUUCCUGCAACAUCAACAUCAGCAGCAGCAGCAACAGUUCCAACAGCAGCAGCAGCAGCUCAUUUCGAUGGGAAGCAAAAGGAGCAACUCGAAGGCUUCCUACCUGCCGAGGCAGCCACGCGACAAGCUGCACUCGGACCCGGACCAUGGCAGCUACAAGCUGACGCUGACCUCGAACGAGGACUGCAUCAAUCAUAACACGGGAGUCGGCGGCCCGAACACCACUACAAGCCCCACUACAACCACUACAAACGGUGCUGCGGGCGGCGGAGCACACGACGGAUUCCCGGAGGAGAUCAUCACCGCCUCGCCGAAGUGUAAUCUGCCGGAUGUGCUUCCGCCCGGCGUGAAAUACUCGCUCUACUCCACCAACAACAACAACAACAACAACAACAACAGUGUGAGCAACAACAACAGCAUCAACAACCAUCACAAUGGUAUCAAGCCGAAGCCCCACUCGGCCCCGAUCAUCUCCACCGCCAACAGUCUCAAGUCGCUGUUCAACUUCAGCACCUCCUCCUCCACCACGUCCACGUCCUCCUCUGAGGCCGCGAAGGACCGCGAUGGACCACAGACACCUCCUACCGGGCCUCCCCCCGCGCUGGUGUUCAACGGCAAUGGCAACGCGAGCCCCCCGCUCGCCCAGAUCCAGGCGACCUCGCCGAAGUACACCUCCCAGUCGUCGUUCGAUCUGAAGAAGACGCAAAUCCUGGACACGGUCGAUGUGCACGGCGGAGGGGCAAUGUACCACCAGCAUCACCAUCAGCACCAUCUACACAACGGCACAAUCCUUGGCCUGCCCCAAGCGGCCCCAACCACCAACGCUAGCGCCACCGCCACGCUGACCUCGAUCGCCUCCAUCACCCACACGGUGGUGCCGGAGGAGAUGGAACCGGUGGCGGAGGAGGAGCCGGCGGGUGACGAGCAGCAUCCACUGCCCGCCGACGAUACGGUACCGCCCCCGCUGCCCUCCACACCCUCGCCGGCGCUGAGCAACCACGGCAACUCUGGUCUGGUGUGGGCCACAGCGCAGCCACCAACUGUAAAUAAUUGCGCUGGAACUGCCGAAAAGGUGGGCAAUUUCGAGCAGCAGCGGCAGCACCAACACGACGCCACGGUACUACCACCACCGACCGGCGGCAGUACCGUUGCAGGGGCCGAGCGGGCCCCGAACGAGCCAGCGCUAGACAGUGAAGCUUCGUCCGCCAGCACGUCCACACGCGACGACGAUGCGUUGUCGUCGAACGACGCAGCAGCAGCAGCAGCAGCACCAGCAACAGUUCCAGCGGUUGUCGUGGCCAAAGAGCAGGAAGGAGAAAGUUGCCCCAGCGCGGCCGAACCGCUCGUAAACGGUGUUGGUGGUGGUGUUAGUGAGCACACGGUCAGCGGAUCGCCAGCGGCGCUAGAACGCGUCACGAGGGAGAUCAACCUGUCGCCGGUGGUCGGUGACGCAGUGGCGUGUGAACCACCAUCGCCACUCCCGCUUCAGCGGACGGAAAUAGUGCUGCGCGUGCAGGCGCCCACGUCCGAGGCGGCCUCCCAAACGGACAGUGACGACGCCGGUCUGGCGCGUGGCUUUGCCGAGCUUACGAUCGACUGUGGCAGGCGGCCGAAGGACCAGCAGGACGCGACCGCGGUUAGCCAGCAGUGCUCGAACGGAGCGUCGACCUCGGUUGCAACGUCGACGGCCAGUCCGAUUGGCAGUCCGCCCGGUACGCCACCGAGCGGCAAGGAGCAGCAGGGACAGAAGUUUUUCGCCCCCUUGUCAUCGUCGCCACCGCCACCGUCAACUCCGCGCAAGCUGCACCCGGAGGAGAUCGAUUGCGAUAAGCUGUCGCACGAUCUCGUUAGCCAACUGUCCCCGUCGGACAAGCUGCACACCAUACUGGCGCCGAAAACAUUCAAAUCCUCGUCGGACUACGUGUCCGACCUGUUCAACAUCCAGAUCGCACCGCGACCGCUCAAGAAGGAUGCCUCGACCGCAACGCCAACGGAAGCAACGGGUGGCGGUACACCGAAAAGCCCGCUCGAUAUUCUGACGUCCAGCUCGACCUACUUUCAAAUCUCGGAACCGAAGGCCAAGCUGAUGACGCGCUACAGCCGCGAGAUGACCCUGAUCAACGGUGAUUGCUGUGAUCUGACCAAGAAGAAGGAGGAACUCGUCCAACGUCUUGGCAAGAAGCUACUAGUCCUAACGAACGAGCAAACGAACAUCGCGGAAGAGAGCAACGCGAACGAUCUGCUCGGCAACGAUGUGGCGCUAAAGGUGACGCAAAAGGUGCGCCCGGCCGACGCGUCCAAGUUCCGCUCGUACGUCGACGAUGUUGGGUACAUCACGAUGCUGCUCCUGUCGCUGUCCGGCCGGCUGGCGCGCACCGACAACGCACUGCACAUGAUCGAUGCCAACCAUCCGGAUAAGAAGAUCCUGGAAGCGAAACGGGAACGACUGCUGGAGCAGCUGGACGAGGCGAAGCAGCUGAAGGACGACAUCGAUCAGCGCGGCGCCACGAUCGCCCGCAUCCUCGAGCAGUCGCUCACGAUCGAGGAGUACGCCGACUACGACUACUUCAUCAACAUGAAGGCGAAGCUGAUCGUGGACUCGCGCGAGAUCGCCGACAAGAUAAAGCUCGGCGAGGAGCAGCUGGCCGCGCUGAAGGAUACGCUGGUGCAGAGUGAAUGUUAGGAGGGCGUGAUCAAGAUCGCGUGCGCGUGUUAUGUUUUUGGCUGUUUUUUUUUUGCUAUCAUCCCGACGAGGUGUUGUGUGAGGUGGAGUAGUUUUAAGUAAGAACAGAGUUAGGACCGACCACCGGUAAGUCGGUGCAUUUUGUAAAUAAGGCGUAAGCGAGGAGAUACGGUAUCCUAUCCAGUUUUUUUUUGUUUCUUUCUUUCUUUGUUUUAUGUAAAUUAGUCAAAGUGUGUCCUGGGCCCGACACAAAGCCGUUUGCUGCGCAUAUUAGUAGCAAACAGUUAGCGCCCCACACAAGUAGCGCUCCAAUGUAGUAGAUAUUCUAAUUAUCCUUUUCCUUCGUUUUGCUUUUCUUUUAGCCACUUUCCCCUUGCCUCCUUUGUAUCUCUGCUGUCUCUUAAACGGAUCAUGUUCUUGCAUUUCAACGGUGUGAAGUUGAAAUUCAAAGAGUGUUGCACCACUUUCCCAUUACAAGGGUUUUCCAGGAGUUCUUACAGCUGUGUGCACACUUUAUUGACUGCUUCUUACGUGAAAUGAAUUUAAUCUAAUAGGAAUUGGACUCUAUAGCACUCCUGUUGGAAAAAAAAUCAACAGGAUUUUCCAAGCAGCCUGUGCAAUAAGAAUUCCAUAGAAUCAGAUUACCAUCCUAUGAGGGUUUACUUUCAAUUAAAAAGAGUCAAGGAAGUGUCUCACAACUAUGAGAACCACUGGAAAACCCUGUUAAUGUUCCAUAACAACAAUACUUCCUUUUUCCCCCCAAAUGCACCCUUCUAGUUUCUUUUUUCCUCCCCUAUUAUUUCCUUAUUAAGUAUAUUUAGUAUUUUAUGUUUAUUCCGCCCAGUUCCGUGUGAUUUAUUAGCAUUCUUGUGUGCGUGUGUGUGUAUGGGUUUUGUUUGCUUUUGUUCUUUUCUUUAAAAAAAACCCACAUAUUCAAAGUCUCCAUUUAUACUCCCAAACGUUGCGUUGGAAGCAAACGUUGCUUCCAGCCGGCGCGCGUAAAAUGGUGCUGAAGAAGCGAAGAGUGCGGAGCAGUAGCGCUUAAUCGAUAAGAAUGUAAAGAGA